CGAAGUGAGGUGCGAAGGACCCGUCCCCUUCAAAAUCCCACCGUGGUUCUUGUGCCCAACCAACCCCCGAUGGAGGCGCUCAAGGCUGCGAUCGGCGACGGCGUGAUAACAUUCCUGUGGAUGUUCUGCAUCUCCACAGUGGGCCCCACGACGGCGGUCAUCGCCAGGCACUUGGAGCUCAGGAGCCUCCCUCUGAUCCUAGGGAUCACCGUUCUCUUGAUCACCGCCCUGCUUUUGAUCUUCAGCCAAAUCUCCAAGCUCCUCGGCAAGGCCAGCUUCAAUCCUGCCAACACCGCCGCUUUCUACGCCGCCGGAGUCAGCAAGGACAGCUUGUUCUCCAUGGCCCUCAGAUUCCCCGCUCAGGCACUUGGGUCUGUUGGUGGUGUUCUUGCAAUCAGAGAGGUGAUGCCUUCUCAGUACAAGAGCCUGCUUAAAGGGCCUUCUUUGAAGGUGGAUUUGCAUACAGGGGCGGUGGCAGAAUUCAUUAUAACUUUUGUGUUUACUUCUGCUUUGCUUUGGAUAAUCAUCAAGGGUCCUAGCAAUGCUUUUCUCAAAACACUGAUGCUUGCGACGACGACUGUUACCAUGGUUGUUUCUGGCAGAAUAUAUACAGGGCCAUCCAUGAACCCAGUAAAUGCAUUUGGUUGGGCGUAUAUUGAUAACAGUCACAAUACAUGGGAACAUUUCUACGUCUAUUGGAUUCCCUCCUUCACCGGUGCCAUUCUUGCUGCUUGGAUUUUCAGGUUCAUUUUCCUGCGAACUUCAACCAAGGUUAAAAAGGCAUGAGGUCUCAACAUCAAGUAAUAGUGAGAGGCAUCUAUCUCCUGAUGAUGAUCAUCAGUUCCUAAAAGACCAAACAAAUAGGUUGCCCUUCACGUUCUCAUUUGUGUAUUUGUUCCCACUUAGUAAUUUAAUGAAGUAGUGAAUCACUGUAGGACUGGCAAUAAGUUCAUUUGCUGCUUUGUAUUACUAUGAACUAUACUGAAAUCUACAUAGGUGCAGCAGUAAUGUACUAUCUUGUUCGCAGAAAUGAUGCUUUUCUUAAGAUAAAUUGAUAGAUCAAUUGCGAGUCA